UCCUCCUAAUGUCUGUAAGACUGGAACAGAUCAUUUAACAUUGUGAAUUGUGUUGUAUUGCAAUAUUAGCCUUAUGCAGCAGCGGCUCAUGACCAUAGAUUGUGGUGUGGCCAAGUAGGACAAGUAAUCCUGUAAUAGACAGUUGAGAUUUGGCAACAUACAAUCAUCAAGAAUAAAGUCUAGCCGCUCAUUUUUGAGCUUAGAUUUAGACAUACCUUUUUUUAUCCAGUCUGUGCCCACUAUAGUCUCAGAUUCCUGUUCUUGGUUGACAGGUUUGGAAAGUAAUGAGGUCUUCUGCUCUUGUAGCUGCCUCAAGGUUUGAGAUGCUUUUCUGCCCACCACAGCUGUAAAGAUUGGUUUCCAUAGGUUUUCCUGUUACCUGAAGCCAGUCUGGCCCUUCUCCUCUGACUUCUCUCAUCAAUAAGGUAUUUCUGCUCACAGAACUGCUACUCAUGGAAUGUUUUUCUUGUUCUUUUUUUUUUUUGCUAUUUUUUUUUUUUUUUUUUUUUUUUUGCUUUUUAUGGUUUUCACACCAUUCUGUAUAAAGUAUAGAAAUGGGUGUGUAUUAUUCAAACCAUGACACGCUCAAAGUCACUGACAAAAAUUUGUUCCUCAAGCUGAUGUUUGGUGUGAACAUUAGUGAAGCUCUUGACCUGUAUCUGCAGGAUCUAAUGCAGUGCACUGCUGCCACAUGUGCAGGUGUACAAGUGUUUGUAGAAAAGUGGACUAUGAGUAUUUAAUGAGCGGUCAUUGACUUUAACAUAAUACUGACACAUUUUUACAAGCACAUAAAUGGGCCAUAUAUGAUAUGUGUUUAUGGGCUCAAAAAGACACCAGACUUUGUGAAGCAUGACCUGCAAUUGUCUUUUGCAAAUAUGAACUUUGAGUUUUGCAAAUACUCAUGACAUGUGUAACAAUAUUUAGAUAACAGAGCUCAGAAAUAUAAGCAACAUGUGCGUUUAACUGAAUAAUACAACUAAUAGUUUCAAUGCACUGAAAGAAAGAGGUCGUUUUUAAUUACCUGCCGGAUAAUUGUGUGUCACUCAUCGGAAAUGAAUGAGGCUGAAUUCCAAAUGAAUUUCGUUAUAAGCGCGCUACACAGGGUAUGGCUACUGGGUCCUGCGUAGAUGCACGACACCUCCAAUAGGAAGCGGUUUGAGAUUUAACAGCAGUAGCUCGAUUUAACAGGCAUGGGGUCUACGUUAUGCUCUCAGAAUCCGUUAACAUCAUGUAAUCGAAUGCGUUCUUAAAAUACUAACAGAGCGGAGAAUACAUGUGCGAGUCUGGAUAAUGUGUGUGUAUUAAUAGAAAGGAAGGCGCUUAAUCUUCUAACCUCAGUUCCAUCACUGGCACCCGAUUGAAGAAACACUGCAGUCAAGUGAAAGUUGCUCUGCGUUCUCUGUUCCUCUCAUGCAAGUCUCUUUUCGUCGCUAGACAACAUGAACGUGUCCGAAUCCUGGCGCGUUGGAGAUUCUUCUGUUCCUGAGUUGGAGAUGGCGGAGGAUCCGGGCGCGCGUGCCACCCGGGAGAAGAGCGCGCAGCAGGACGGGAACGCGCCACAGGCGUUGCCUCAGCGCCGAGUCUCUCACCUGUACAACUACGGCCACCGGAUGUCCGUGUACAGCGCCACGCGACCCGUCCUCACCCGCGCUUACCUUCAAGGACAGGUGUACAACUUUUUGGAAAGACCGUCGGGGUGGAAAUGCUUUGUGUAUCACUUUACAGUGUUUUUGAUUGUACUAUCUUGCCUGAUCCUCAGCGUAUUAUCUACUAUUGAUCAGUAUCAGGCUUUGGCCCAAGAAACACUUUUCUGGGUGGAAAUAGUGUUGGUGGUAUUUUUCGGAGUGGAGUAUGUGGUGAGGCUGUGGUCUGCAGGAUGCCGCAGUAAAUAUGUGGGUAUUCUGGGGAGGCUCCGCUUUGCAAGAAAGCCCAUCUCUAUCAUUGACUUAAUUGUGGUGGUGGCCUCGGUCAUUGUUCUUUCAGUAGGCUCUAAUGGGCAGGUCUUUGCUACCUCUGCCGUCAGAGGCAUCCGCUUUUUGCAGAUCCUACGAAUGUUGCAUGUGGAUCGUCAGGGAGGAACCUGGAGGCUGCUAGGAUCAGUGGUUUUCAUUCAUCGCCAGGAACUGAUCACAACUCUCUAUAUUGGAUUCUUGGGUCUGAUCUUCUGCUCGUACUUUGUGUACCUGGCAGAAAAAGAUGCAGUGGACAGCAGUGGAAUCACAGAAUUUUCCAGCUAUGCUGAUGCUCUGUGGUGGGGAGUGGUGACAGUGACCACUAUUGGGUAUGGGGAUAAAGUGCCACAGACAUGGAUUGGCAAAACCAUUGGGUCCUGUUUUGCCGUCUUUGCCAUGUCCUUCUUUGCCCUGCCUGCUGGCAUUCUGGGUUCAGGCUUUGCCCUGAAAGUCCAACAGAAACAGAGACAGAAGCACUUCAACAGGCAAAUUCCUGCUGCUGCAUGUCUUAUACAGACAUCCUGGAGAUGUUUUGCAGUAGAAAACCCUGACUCUUCCACCUAUAAGAUGUUUGUGCGAAGGAAGCAUGUGUUUUCAAGUCACGCAGCAUUGAGUCCUAAGGCUAAAAAACUUGUAAAAAUGAGAAGAAAGAUGAAAUCCACUGAGAAAGACAAUGGCCCAAGCACUCCUACAAUCCCCACAAUCACCUUUGACUCAGUGUUUGACGAUGGCCGAGACCACAGUCAGGAUACAGUGUACAGUACUGAAACAUCCGUAAAAGCAUUUGCUCCGAGAAGAUUUGAACGACAGCACUCCUGGACCUCUAUAACCUCCUUCCAGUUCUCCCCUCCUCCAGUAAAGCAAAGCUCAGAGUUUUUGGAGGUGCAGUCACAUCCCCCACUGCAGAGAAGCAACAGUUUUGCAGAUGACGUGGAAAUGGAAGCAGAGAGGGAUAUCUUUCUCCUGCCUGUCUCUCAUGUGUCAGAGUUGCGAGAAACCCACCGGGCAGCUAUUAAAGUGAUCCAGCGAAUGCGCUAUUUUGUGGCCAAAAAAAGGUUCCAGCAAGCACGUAAACCAUAUGAUGUCAGAGAUGUGAUCGAGCAGUACUCUCAAGGCCAUGUCAACCUCAUGGUACGCAUCAAGGAGCUACAGAGGAGACUGGAUCAGAGUUUGGGGAAGAUGUCCUGGUUCCAGACAAGUUCAGAGCGAGCUAGAGAUAGAGGCACGAAUACAAUUGGCUCCAGACUCAACAGAAUGGAGGACAAGAUCACACACAUGGACAAGACUCUGAACCUCAUCGCUGAAUCUCUGAACCUCCUGCUGAAGAAGGAGAGUGAUGUUAGCAGUGUGGCAGGAGCACUGCAGGGUCAAAGGGCCCCCAUGCUAACACGUGACCUCAGUCUGCCCACGUAUGACCAGCUCUCCACUCCAAGUCCAGCUGACCUUGAGGAGAGCUCCUGAGCUGAAGCAGCCUCCAAAGCUAGUGAAUCUGGUGCCUUGUCUGGGGUGAGGUUUGUGUUGGAGAAGAGUAGACACAGACAAAAGAACACUGAAUUUGUACUUAAUCUUGAUUAGAUUUACUCAGGUGGACCAAUCAUAAUGAGUUACUUUGUAAGACGGAUUGAAAGAAUGGAAUCUCUCAUACACAUACAGUAUGACAUGGAUUACUGAGUGGCGUGGUGUGUUUACUGUAUACGAAAAAAUAUGUGAGAUCAUUUUUAAUUACUAGAAUUUCUUGAUAUGCUGAUUAAUAUUAAUCGAAAAUUUAGGUUUUAUUGCAAGGUAUGGGGUUGCCUAUGGCAAGCUAUGCACAUCCAGUGGUUGCAUAAAUAUUUAUUAGAUCCAGUGAUAUGGGGUGGUUUUCCAAUCUGUACAUUUGAAAUCUAGUUUAUUUAUUAAAACAUGUAUACAUUGAGUCAGAAAUGCAUACAUGAAUACAUGUAUUGAUUUCCAUUCACAUGCUAAAAUAUUAGUGUGGUUUAAAUAAUGAGCCAGAUGUUUUACUGGUUUAUUCCAGAAGCAACACUGAUGAAUCCUUUUUUUUCUCUGAUUUUUAUACAUGCUAUUUUGCCUAUUCUUAUUAAAAAAAUAUUAACCAUCA